CUUCAUGAACAAAGCGAUCUCCUGCAAUCUUUGUCAUUCUUGUGACUUCCAUUCACGAAUGAUCCUGUAAAGGCAUCCAUCUGAAAAUUCCUCACCUUCACUUUGUUGUUUGUUUUGAUUCGACGCGUGGAUUCAAUUUGUGAAUAUUGUAUCAAAGUAUUUUAAUUUUCAUUUAACGAGACACUUUUUCAAAUACUGGUUUUACAUACAUGAUUAUGAAUUCUUUGAUGCAGAGAAUAUCAGCCAGCUUCUUAUCAAGUGUCCUGCCAUCUUUAGAAUUUUUUAGCAAAAGGACGGGAUGCUCUCUGGCAAGGAUGCAUCGAACUGGUCCAAUAAUUAAACACCGACCUAAUAAAAAUCCUCUUGGUUUUGGCAUACCAUUUGCAAAAGGUGUUGUUUUAAAAACUCUAAUUAAAAAGCCUAAGAAGCCUAAUUCUGCAAAUCGUAAAUGUGUUUUAGUUCGAUUAUCAACUGGAAAAGAAAUGGUAGCGUAUGUUCCUGGUAUUGGACAUAAUCUUCAGGAACACAAUAUAGUUCUUGUUAAACCUGGGAGACUUCAAGAUGUUCCUGGAGUGAAACUUGAAUGUGUGAGGGGAAAGUUUGAUUUGGGACAUGUUAUUAAAAAAUAGUUUGAAUAGCUCUAUGUAUUUAUUUUAUAAGCAAUAAAAUUAAUUUAUAGUAUUGAUGAAUCAUA